UACGGGGCGACGUGCUCGGAGCCGGCGGGACCAAUCGCCGCCGCCGCCCGCUCCCAGGCGCCCCGCCCCGGCGGCCGGUCGGCCCGGGGACUGACCUGAGUGACGGGGUCCCGAGGGCGAGAGACAGACGCGCACAGCCCCGCUGCCUCGCGGGGACGGAGCGCGGCGUGCAAGGUCCAUGGCUGAGCGGUGAGAUCGGCCCGGUAGUCGCGACAUCGUCCUCCCCGAAACCUCGACGCGGGAGAAGCGAGCUGGCGAUGACCUGCACCCUGCACAGCCCCAGGCGCCGAGGCCGGGGCCGGGCCGGGGCCGUGCAGUGGCUGCUGCCUCCUAAACCUGCCUGAAGCCCAGCUACCCCACGCCUGCUCCGGGCAGCCCCCUCGUGCCCCCUGCGGGAAGGGAGCUUCCGGUCUCCCUGCAGCCUAUCUGCUGCCCUGCUGGCUUCUGGCCUUCUGCUGAGUCCCAGUGUUAGGCUCUCGUCUUCCCCACUUGGCCAGAGCGCCUGGAGGGGUCAGAUUCAUCCAGUCCUCCCCCCGCAGUGUGACAGCACCGACUUGAGAAGCCUGAGUUGGUGGGAAACUGGGACUUGCCUUCCCUCAGUCCCCGGGGGCCGAGUUCACGGAACUGAACUCUUCCACUGAUUCAGGGCCUGGAGUUAAAAUUCACUGUCAAAGGGCACAUGUGACACCUAGACGCCCUUGUGUCAAAAGGCAAAUGUAUUAAAAUCUGAAUAAAACAGGUCACAUGGCUUAAAGAUCAGAAAGUAAAUAAUGGAAAUAAGUGGCAACGUUAACAAGGUCCGAGGAGCUGCAGGUGUGAAUGAUGGAAACGAAGUGACCAAGGCCCAGCAGGCAGCUCCUAAGGGAACAGCCCCAACCAUCUUCUCUAAGAUCCUGGAUGGAAGCCUUCCAGCUGACGUUCUGUAUGAGGACCAGCAGUGUCUCGUGUUCCGUGAUGUGGCUCCUCAGGCGCCUGUGCACUUCCUGGUCAUUCCCAAGAAGCCCAUUCCUCGGAUUAGCCAGGCUGAAGAAGAAGACCAGCAGCUUCUAGGACACCUUCUCCUUGUGGCCAAGAAGACAGCAAAGACUGAGGGGCUGGGAGAUGGAUACCGACUUGUGAUCAAUGAUGGGAAGCUGGGAGCACAAUCUGUGUAUCACCUGCACAUUCACGUACUUGGGGGCCGACAGCUCCAGUGGCCUCCAGGUUGAACCUACCAACUGACCAAGGACCCUGUGCCUGGAUGAUUGGAUGGGGGAGAAGGAAAGGGACCCUGUGAUCUAAUAAACUUGCUCUCCCUCAA